GUAAACAGUAAACAUAACCUAACGAUUAUUUCUGAUAACACAUAAUUGAUUGAGUAUACAAAAAUUAAAAAUAUUCAGCCGGCUACGUCAGACUUCAUAAUAAUUCAUUUUUAUUAAAUUUUUCUCAGUUUUAUUCUCGGUGAUGGUUUAGUAUAGUUAACAAAUUGUUUAACACAUUUAUCUAAAGUGUGUGGUUUAGAGCGCUCAUCAUGAAAGUUGUAUAUUUGUUCUUCGUGGUCACCAGUUGUCUUUGCCUUACGUCAAGUUUAUCUGUCGAUACAUACUUGACAUCUAGGGACAAAGACCAACUAAAGAGUGUGCUGCUUUCGGGCUUAGAAUCAGAAAAUUUGUCUGAUGUCUUCUAUGCUGUGUCAGGAUUGCAACAGCUUGAUCAACAAAUACCUGGUGUUCAAGCCAUCUGUAAUAAAUUAGUGAAAUUAGUUGGGAAAUCAAAAUCAUUAGAUGCUGUAUAUUUUUCAACAAGUGCAUGGAAUGCAAUUGCCACAUGUUCAGGAAAAUUAGUUGUUGAUGAAUCAGUCCAAGAUGUUUACACUAUGUUAGAGAAGAAAGAUAUUAGAGAUGUUCACAUGUCUGAUUUAUACUUUGGAGUCAGUAUUUUGAGUAACCUUAAUCUUAAACCCAAGGAUAUUACUAAACUUAUAAAUAUCAUAAAAAGGAAAAUGAAGCCUGAUGAUACUAUUACUGAUUUUGGAUAUUCAAUACACUUAUUGGCAAGUCUUGGUCCAGAAGGACGUUUCGCUUUCAAUCGUCUGUCUGAUGCCAUUAUGCAAGUUGAUCAGGUUGAUCGUAAAUUUUUACAAUUCGAAGGAGGCUUGUCUGUCACUGCCCUUGUGCUGACUGGAGUAUACAAAUUUUGUGAUGCUGUGCAAUGUAAUACUUCAUUCCCAAUUCAAAAUGAUCAAGCUCUGAUGUUUAGUAAUUACUUUUUGUCUCGUAAAUCUGUACAAACACCUAAGGGAGCAUAUUUCUUGCUUAGUGCUCUUAAAACAUUAUCCAAUAACAAAUACCAUUUGCCAAUUGCUGCUACAUUAGUGAAACCAAUGGGUGAUCUAGAUGAUACACAAAAAAUACUUUCUGUUCGUUUCACCAAUUUGCUUGGAGAACCAUUGCCAACAUCUCUUUCGGUUGGUGUUGAAUCAGCAAUGUUAAAUAACAAAGUUGUAAUGUCUAAAAAUAAGUUCAGAUCAACUACUGACAAGACUGUAUAUGAAUUAGAUUUUAAUGAACCAGAUUUGUCUAUUGGAAUCUAUAGUAUAGUGAUUAGUGCUACACCAUUAGAAAAAGUUAAAAUUCCACUUUUGGGCAAUACAGCGAUUCCACUUGAGGUGAAAGUAUCAGCUUCUUCAGUGAACAUUGUUGAUUUUAAAGUUGGGACUACUGAUAAUGAUCAACAAACAGGCCCAUCACUUCAAACUUUGAAAUAUGGUGAAAAGUUGUCAACUCAAUUGAAAGCUGACCACAUGCAAAGAAUUAUAGUACGCUUUGCUAUUAAAGAUUAUCAAGUUAAGAAACAUGUACUAGUACACCAAGCAUUUGUUAGGUUUACAAAUAUUAAGACUGGAUCUCAAAGUGUAUUUGUCGCUGAAUUGGACUCUCAAAAUAGUUAUAAAUUAGAUAUGGACUUAGGCGUUAAAUCAGUAUCAUUCAAACAUGCGUCUGGUUUAUAUUCCAUAGAUUUAAUUAUUGGUGACUCUCUGUUAAAGAAUCCUAUUGUUUGGCAUUUUAGUGACAUCAAAUUGAAAUUUUCUGAAGUUGAAUCAGAUGCAUCUGAACCUUUUGCAGAUUUUUAUAAGCCAAAAAAAUUAAUAUCUCAUACUUUUAGAGAACCUGAACCUAGACCGCCUCAUAUUGUAUCUCUCCUUUUUACUGUUUUAUCUCUUGCGCCGUUGUUGGUUCUUUUUGUUCUGUGGGCUCGCUUGGGAGUUAAUAUAAAAAACUUUCCAUUCAAUUUGAGUGCCAUAGGAUUUCAUUCAGCAUUAGCUAGCAUAUUUAUACUAUUUGGUAUGUUUUGGGUAUACCUAGAUAUGUUCAUAACAUUGAAAUAUUUAUUUUUAUUGGGAAUUUCAACAUUCUUGUUUGGUAACCGAUUACUGUCAUACAUUGCAAGAAGAAGAAACAAGUAACUUAGGAUUGUUAUAUGUAUAUUCUAUGAUAAUUCUAUUGAGUGGGUUAUCGAUGAUAAAGUCAAAACGAUAAAAUAUUCAUUCCGUUGUGUAUAAGCAAAUGUCAGUUUCAAUUUCUUUUUUCACUUUUUCUAGGAUUGAAUCUAUCUUCUAAAUUGUAAUGUUAAAUCUCAAUGAGAUGUUCAUAUAAUUAAUAAUGUAUUAAAAUAUGUAUGAAUAUUAGAAUAUGAAAACAUGAAUUACACACUUAUACACAUACAUAAAUUGUGUAUAUAUAUACACACACACUCGUAUAUAUGUAUUUACCUACUUAAUUUUAAAGUUUACAAAUAAUAUUUUCUGAACAAAGCAUUUUUAUAUAAACAUACUUAAUUUUAUUUGUCAAUAUAUUGGGUUGAAGAAUUUAAAUGAAGCUAAUUUAAAUGUAUUGUUUUUAUUUUUAUUUUAAGUAUUAUUUGUUCUUUGGAAAUUAUGUAGUAAAAUUUAAAACAAUA